CUUGAAAUUGCGAAUUUGAAGUGGAGAUUCUAUGAUUUGUUUGGGGAAACUAGGCUCUUCAAUUUUUGAAUGCUCGAAUGCUCUUGAUUAGAUAAGCUUCCCUAUCGGGAAAAAAAUAAAGGAAAUUAAAGUUAAUUUAUAGGCCACAUGUACAUUGAAAAAAAUAAAAUACUGGGAAUACAAGCUAUUUUUUUUUUUCAAGAAUUUUCUGUCUUAAUUUUUCCAAAAAGUUGAUUUUCACUUACUGGUUAAUGGCUAUAUAUUGUCACUACGAACACAGUCAACCAAUUAGAAAUGACCUUUGGUAUGAUUUUUAGUUUGCUAUAAUAAAAAUCGAUAAACUUAUGGUAUGUGGUUGUUUGUAGUUAAAUUAGAUGACAGUAUCAAUGCAUAAUCUUUUUCUUUAUUUUUUCUUUAAAUUUUGUAUAAUCUGAUUUUAGUUCAUUGUAACUGGUCCUGAUUUUAUAGAAAAUACAUCAUCUAACUUUAACAAAAGCAGAGGUGUAUGGGUUGAAUUUUUAUUUUCACUUGCUAGAGAAGCUGAGUCGUUUUGCCUCCGUAUUUUUUCUUCUAUAAACACUUCUGAAGAAGCUUAUCUAAACAGAACUUUGGUGUUAUUCUUGCUUAGUGAAUUGGAGAAUUUAAUGUGGCUAUUGUCAUACCUUGCUAUUUAGUCCUAUGGAACUCUAUUUUGGUUGUUACGGCUGCAGGUAUAAGAUGCCAGUUGCUCUUGUUGGGUUGAUAUUGUGUUUGGCGUUGUGGGAUUUCUUCAAGUUUUGUAGCCAAAGAUGGGGAUUGGAGCAUUAUCCCUUAACUCGCCAGUGUUUGAUUCGUGCUGCCCAAUGUGCAACCGCAGUUAUUCUGAUCUUUUCUAAUGUUCAAAUGGCUCUCUUUUGUGCCAUAUGCGUCAGCUAUGCAGGCGUGAUACUUCAUGCUGCAUUUCGCAAGUUGACCCCUGUGAAGCAACCUUCAGUNGUAAGAAGUAGGUAGUUGUUUAAUCAAACAAACUAUGAUGCANUUANUUUUAUCUAGCACGUAUUACUUCAGUGAUUCAAGGGCCUUUGGCAUAGAAGAUUAUUGGUGUUACACUGUAGAUUUNAAGGGACAGGACUGGUACAGAAGAUCAGGCACUGUAAAGAGGUUGGAUUAUUCUUUGUUUNGGAUUAGCAUUAAUCAAUGUUUGGAAUAAAUGUUGAGCUAUUAGAUA